GCGCUCCCUUGGGAGCAAAAAGGCUCCGUUGAUUCUUUCCCGAAAUCAAACAAUCUGCUUCAGCAACGACUGAUUUCAAAGCUCUACUCCACUCAAGUCUGUCGUCUUCACCACAACGCCGUUUCGUGUGCUGCCUCACGCCACGCUGCUAAGGGCUGCAAGAAACAGCGUGCCUAUCCCUCUUCGGGUGCAACAGUAGCGCCACAGCAUCGAGGUGUGCUGUUUGCAGCCCUCGCCCGCCACCAUGCUGUCCGCGUUCGGCGCUAGCGCCAAGGCCGCGUUGCGCGCGGACGUGCAGCCGUGCGCGCCAUGCCUCGCUCACCGCGUUGACUCCGCGCACCACCUCCCAGCAACCGCGCUGCUCUCUCAUUCCACCGCCCCACUACCGCACCAUCUGCGCGCGCUCAGGUCCUCCUCCGCCGCGCUCUUCCCUUCACCCGGGGGCCGCGCAGACAGGGGGCGCAAGUCCGUGGCUGUUCGCGCGAGCGCCGAAGCGGAGACACCGCAGAGCGAGCGGCUGCAAUUGAAUGGCUCGAUGCUGCGCGCGGACCCGCUGUGGUCGGCGGUGACGGAGCAGGUGGCGAUCGGCGCGAGCGUGACGACGGCGGGCGCGGACGCCGUGCGCGCGCUGCAGACGGGCUUCGGCAUGACGGCCGUCGUCAACGUCGAGGAGGAGAGCGCGAUGAAGGCGCGCGGCAGCAGCUGGGAGGAGGAGAGACAGCGGCUGGAGGAGCAGGGCGUGGUGGCCGUGUGGGUGCCGGUGAAGGAGCACGACGCCACGGAGCAGGCGCUGAUGCUGCCGCAGGUGGUGCGCGUGGUGGCGGCGCUGGUGGCGGCGGGGCACACGGUGCUGCUGCAGUGCUCGGCGGGCGACCGCGUAUCGCCGCUCAUCGCCAUCGGGUACCUGAUGUUCGUGCGCGGCAUGCCGUGCGACGCGGCGUCGGCGCUGGUGGCGGAGAGGAGGGCCGGCAUCAGCCCGCCCAUGGGCGUGCUCACGGAGGCGAUGGAGAAGGUGUUGGCGGGCGCGACGGCGCGGGUGAUUGAGAUAGCGGAGAGCAUCUACCGCCAGCGCGUGAGGACGGGGCAGGCGGGCGACUCCAACUCCGACUGGGUGCAAGCCCAGCGCGCCUACAUCAACGAGGCCUUCGCCAAGUGGCUGGCUGCUGACGUCAGCUUCGCAGAGUCUAUCGCCCAGGCGGCGGAGCGUAAGGCGAGAGAGCAGCAGGCAGCAGAGGAGGCAGAGAGGAGGGCCAACGAGCCGGCCAAGCGCCUGCUGACGCCCAUCCGCUGGAGCGCCUCCAACCCAUCCGCGCUGCCGCCAGCCUCCCCACCCGCGGUGGCGGCGGGCGGUAGCGAGGCGGUGGCAGCGGCAAACCGGCGCGUGGCGGCGCUGGUGGCGGAGCUGGAGAGCGUGACGCGCGCGGCGGACGAGCAGGCGGCUACGCUGCAGCGUGCGGGGCGGCAGGUGGCGGAGCUGACGGGGCAGGUGGAGGCGCUGCAGCGCAAGGAGCGGCUGUACACGGAGGCACUGGGGCAGGCCAACGAGCGCAUGGAGCUGCUGGGGGAGCGCAUGCGCGCCGUGGAGCAGCAGGCGCGCGGCGACAAGGAGCGCCUGGAGGGCGAGGUGCGCGCGCUGACGGCGCGCAUGCAGGCGGACGAGCAGCGCGGGGGCCGUGCGGCGACAGUGAUCCAGGGGCUGCGCAUGGAGCUGCAGGCCGCCAAGGACGAGGUCAAGGAGCAGUGGGCGGCUGUCGCGCGUGCCGAGAAGAGCAUCGGCGCGCUGAGCGCGCGCGUGAAGGAGGAGGAGCAGCGCGCGCAGCGGGCGGAGGCGGCGGCGCUGGCAGCGGAGGAGGACAAGAGGCGCGCGCUGAGGGAGCUGGAGGGCGCUAAGGGGGAGAGCGUGGCUGAGUCGGCGGAGGCGCGCGAGCGCAUGGCGGCGCUGGCGGCUCAGGUGCAGCAGCUGGGCGAGCGGCUCAAGGCGGCCACGGGCGUGGCGGAGAAGGCGACGGGGCGUGCGGACGUGCUGGAGAGACAGGUGGCGCAGCUGGAGGCGCGCGCGCGGCAGGCGGAGGAGCAGGAGGCGGUGUCGGCGCGCGCGGCGGGGCUGCUGACGGAUCAGGUGAAGGCGCUGGAGGGCAGCGCGGCGGAGGCCAGUGCGCGCGUGGGGCAGCUGAGCGGUGAGCUGGAGAAGCUGCGCGUGCGCGAGGCGGAGCGCGCGGCGGAGAGCGUGGCGAGCGGCGAGCGUGCAAAGCAGCUGAUGGCGCUCGUCAAAGACCUGUCGGAGCGCGAGGCGCGGCAGCGGACGCGCGCGGAGCAGGUGGAGGCGAAGCUGGCGGCGCUGCGCGACCAGGACUCGGACCUGGCGUCCCGCGCCGCCGUGUUCUCCAGCCAGAUGGAGCAGAUGGCGCGCCAGCUGGCGCGGCUGAACGCGGAGCUGGCGUUCGCGGAGGGGCGUGAGGGCGAGGUGCAGGAGGCGUGGCGCGCACAGCUGGGGGCGGCCAGCGACGUGAUGGGCGCCAUGGGGCCCGAGGCGGCGGCGCUGGCAGCGGAGAGGGGCGUGGAGAUGGAGAUGGAGCAGGCGGAGGGGCAGCCGGGGGAGGUGCUCAGGGUGCUGAUGCAGCGGGUGAGCAGCGAGGCGGCGGCGGUGAGGGAGCGCAGCGCGCGGCUGAUAGAGGACACCCACCACAUGAGGCAGCAGCUGGACGCCGCUCGCAACCAGGUGCAGGAGGAGGCAGUUGGGGGCGGGGAGGGGGCGGAGGCGCGGCUACGGGAGUAUGUGGAGGCGGCGGAGGCAAUGGCGGUGGAGCAGAAGCAGCGGCUGGUGGAGCGCGUGCAGUCUCUGCAGUGGGUGCUGGGCGCCACCAUCGCGCUGGCCGUCAUCAUCCCCGCCACCGCCUUCUACUCCUUCUUCACCGACGACUCACAUGCCACCCAGGUGGAGAUGCUGCGGUCGCGCCUGGCGGCGGUGACGGGCAGUCAGAAGGAGCUGGAGAGUGCGGCAGUGAAGGCGGACGCGAGCAAGCGCGCGGCGCUGAGUGCGGUGCAGACGCUGGAGGAGGUGGUGGCAGCGCAGCAGGGGUCGGUGGAGCGGCUGCAGGCGCUCAUCCCGCUGGUGGCGCCCUCCAUCCAGUCAGAGCAGGCAGCGCGCUUCUGCGCCAACGUGCCCCUCGAGUACCAGUCCGCCGUCACCCAGCGCUUCUGCUCCGACCUCGUGCCCCCCACUGCCCCUGCUGCACCCGCUACCGCACAGGACAGCUGACCUCCGACCUGGAUGCAUUCGGGGAGCCCAGCGAGGCAACUAGUGAAGGCCACCUCGUGGCUGUGUAUCUAUGGGUUGGACAAGAUACAACUGAAAGCAAAUGGCUUGCAUUGCAUGCACAUUGCACAUGCCUUGUAUGCUCUGUAGAUUUAUAACUGCAAGAUCUGUACCAAGAAUCGUGAACCACCAA